UGCUAGAUGUGGCAGGAGUCGGUUCGUUAUAUUCGGUUCGACUCGGCCCUAAUCGGCUUUUGUCGGGUUACUCGUGCUUUUCACAUACACUCGCACAUUCGUUGCAUUCGCGACCGAUGCUCGAAUACUGUUCGUUGCAACUGUGAAUGUUUUCGUGUAAUUUAGCACGAAAAACAUCUGAAUAAUCGGACACGCGACUAACGCGUUUCGAGCCGUGUGGAUACCAGCGAAAAAGAGCAAAAGAGUAAGUGACAGGUCGUUGCACUUGCUCCAUCCAAUCAGUGUCGUCGCUUCGUUGAAUUUCCGUGCGUGAUUUGUGUUUACUGGCCGCGCCUGAAUACCGUUACUUGUGACACUAGCAGACCGUGCGAAAUUUUGCGAGUUCUGUCUCCCGUGUUUUUCAUCUCUUCGAUCGAUUUUCGCUUGUCGUGCUCUGUCAACAUCAAACGCUGUAAUUUCCUUCGAGAUUUUCAAAGUAUAUCGUGGCGAAGACGCGUCCAAAGUAUCAAACAUAUUUGUAAUAAGCCGACGAACGGUACAGAGUGAUCGUGACAAGAACGGUGCACGAGAGCACGUAGAGGGACCUGUUGUGUCGGGAUAGUCGACAGGAAGACACGUAGAAUUUAGUGCCUGUCGGGACUCGUUGAACGACGCUAACCAGAACGGUGAACGAGUUACGACGCGUCUGAGAAAGUUGAACAUCAAACUCUUACACACUCUACAAUCUACAGAGCUCCUAAAGUCAUACAAUUUAAACGUCGAAUUCUUCGCGGCGUAACAGCCGAGAAGCAAGUAAAAGGGAGGACAGGUUACAGAAAAAUUCCAGCGAUAAUGCGUACAGUGAGCGAAGCAAUGAAACAUCGCGCGAUCAGCUGACUAGCCGAACUGUUUGGCGGUCGUGAGAACUCGGCCGGUAACGAGAAUCGGCUGAAGACCGGCAAGAACCCUAAAAAUCGACAGCAACCUAGAUUGCCUACUUGUGCUGUUAUGACGUUUGGAACGCCGUUUCACACCGAGAAGUCGCAGUUCGUUGGCGAUAACCCUGUUCGGCCCAGCACCAUGGCGGCUGAGGAGGGUGCGCUGAGUGGCGGACUCGGGGCGAAAUUAAAAUGUCCAACCCCUAUAUCACGCUUAAGGGUGGAGAAGAUCGAGGGUGGUCUCAUGGUAGCUGGGGUUGUAAUAGCUGCGAACUGCCAGAUUGCUCUUCCGGCAUUCGGCUUUCUCUUCAUGCUCGUCGGCGCUGUGCUCACUGCUGCGUCGUAUCGCGGUCCCGGCCAGGAUGAAGACAAGGACUCGUACGCAGCUAGAAUCGCGUUCACUGGCAACUCGCGGAUCCUGGGACCGAUCUGCAUAGUCGUGGGCGCCCUUAUGCUCGCCCUCGGUGUGCUGCUUUGCAUGCUGACUAGAAGGGCGCGAAGAAGGGAGCGCAGGGUUGGCUUCCACUGUCCUCUCCACGGCGAUUUUUACCCUCUGAGUCCUGUUCAGGGCGUCAAGAUGCUUGGCUUAUCGGGCAACGAUGUUAGCGGUUGGUCGAAAAUCCCCUGUCUGAAGGGACGUUCCUCCAGCAAAGGUGGAAACGCAUCUUCCGGUGCACAUGGCGGUCCGCCACAAUGUCCACAUUCUGUGUUAAGCAGCACUCGUAGUUCAGUCAGCAGUUCGCCAUUGAGCCCAUGCCCAACACCUAUGCCAUUUUUGGUCACCUCGGGCUCGGUUAGUAGCGGGAUGGUGCAAAGUGUUGGUGCCAAUUUAUCUCCGGACCAAACAUUCGGAUCGAUUCGAUCGCUGUCGGUGACGAGGGAAGUCGCCAGUUUUCCUCUAUCAAGAACGCCUACGCCGCCUCCGCAACGCAGAACGGCCACGCUGACGAGCGCAGAGGACCUAGCGAAUGUAGGAAGCCCGCUGAGGGAAGCUUCGCCGCGGCCGGAAGUGCGAGUGGUCGCUCCAUCGCAUCGACCGCCUUCUGCCCUCGCCACGGUCAAUAACACGAACAACGCCAGUAACGGAUCUGCGAAUCGCAAAUCGGUCAGCAUACUGCUGCCCGAGCAGUCGAGUGGAUGACCCGAGCAGCAACACGGCUUUGUGCAUCGUUGCGACAAGGAGCCGCCAUCGAUUUAGGAAUCCAGCAAAAGAAAAGCGGCCGCUACGGCAACGAAGAGAAAGGCGGAAGCAACGAUGACGAGGCUCGAUUGCGCGACGAACACCCGGCAUCCGAGAUUUGUCGGACGAUCGUGGUGCUCGAGUUUCGAAAGCGGCAAGCAUCGGUCACGGCGUGGUGCCCGCUUCUAGCCAGAUCUGGCUGCCACGCCGUGACGAUGAUCGCGCGCAAUUACCACGGCCAUUCGUUCUUGGCAGUUAGAUCUCUGUCGCGAGCAAGGGGUUCGGCGAUAUCAGACUCCGCGGCUGUGUGAAUUAAAACGGAGUAGACGGCCGGACGAGCUAAGUUAAUUCGUGUUAUUGGCAAACGUUCGAUCAUCGGCAUCGCCCCGCCAGCCCAAAUUGCUGAAUAAUUCACGCUGCCGGCGUGAUAGCCGAGACAACGACGAUUUGUCCAACCAUAGUCGCUUUCAAACUGCUAGUAGUUCGUUCGUUUUAUGUCUCGUAAAUCGGCCCGUCUUCCUUCUUUUUCUUUUUUCUCCUUUUCGUUUCUUUCGGCUCGAGCCAGCACAGCGCUGCUAUUUCUGUCGCAUCGUGAAGACCACGCGGGCAAACAUGAUGAGUCGAUUCGAAGGGCGCUUGCAAGUGGCAAAGUUUAGAGAAUCUUGACCUCUUAGUGGAAUACGUUGCGCGUACUAAUGAAAACACUGCAGUGUGCAGUUUAAGCGUAAAUUGGUUCAUUGUUUCUUGGUGUGUGCCAGUUAUUCAAUCGAUGGAAUUGAGUUUGCUCUACAACUGAGAGGAGGAGCACAUAAAAUUUCGAUUAAAUUAGCGCAUAAAGUUUCUUGUCCUCUUUGAAAAGCUUGUUCCUUGCCACUCGCAGUGUCUUCUACAAGCGCUCUUCAAUUUUUCUUACUUUACUGCUACGUCACUUGAUCAUACGAAACAGUUGAAAAGCUUUUUUAAAUGCUCAGGAAGAUGAAAAAACGUUGUAUUUAAUUCUAAAAUCAAAUAUGAAACUGGUCGACAACGUAUUGAAUUAAAAUCUUUCUCUUCUAUAACAGACUUAUCAUGCUUCUCACCUGUGGCCUUUACGCGCAUACGUGCUACGAAGGAGAAGCGUAUCGAAUCGCGAGGAUUCUGAUCAAGAUCUGACCCACGAGAUGCGUCUACCUUCUUUGAAAAAGCGAGACGAUUAACAAUUUGCGGAAGCGCAACGCGUUAACUGCUACGUCGUUGCCAACAUCUCUGUAGUUGGAACGCUUUGUAGCGUCGUGUCUCUUGGCGAGACGUAAUUUGUUAAACCUCGCGUGAUUGGACACCGUAUAAAUUUAAGAAACACGAUCACGUCAUACGAGACACUAACGCGGACCUCUCUGCCUCUUGUUCCCUUGGAAAAGUGAUUUUUCUUCGAGUUACGUCGCUGGCUCUUCGAAGGUGGAAGGUAGACGAAUAGAUGGGACAAACAAGAAAUUCCGACUACUCGACAGCGCGACCCGCAAAAGUCAGAUUCCCUGUAUUUAGAGUAAUCUGCGUUCAUCGAUCGUCCAAGUUUAAUUCUUUCACGGUGUAAGAACACGACGAAGAGUCCCAAAUUUCAAACCUAGACAGCCUUUUCAUUGGAUAAUUAACGUUAAGCAAAGCGCGUGUUCGGCUUCUGGCCGAUGUUAACGCGUCCCGAGGAUUUUUCAUUUUUACAACGAAACUUUUUGAACGCUAGGUUUUGGCAAGAAACAACGACUGUACCUAAAGAUUUGUAAAUUUAUUUACGUAGCGUACCGUAUGGAUGCAAACGAUACGAGAAGCAAUUUUCACAUUUCUGUCUUCGAUAUCGUCAGAGUACACAGAGUUAAGAUACGAAACUGUAUGCCGAAAACUGCAUCUGCCAGCUUGUCGACGCUUACAUUGUGAAAGAGUUAAGCUAAUAUCGGUGGAAAGAAACUCGCGCGAUAUUUCGAAAGAUUCCUCUUUCGGAAGACUCUCGUUUCAAGCCAAGCGAGAAACCGAAUCGGCCAUUCUCUGCGCGAAAGUCUGCGGAAGCUUCGAAACGGCGGUCUUCAAGAACAGGAAUUGAGAUCGCGGCCGAAUGCAUAGGAUUUCGUCGAGAUCGAUCGCUGUCGCUGUCGUUAGCCGAGACGAAAUGCAAAAGAUCGACGCGUUGAUCCUUCGGUUGCGUCUUCGCCGAAGCAACGACGAGGACCUGUCGAUCUAUGUCUGUGGAAAAUGUGGCGCUCGUUGUCCAAUGUCUCUGUUUGUCAGUGACGAAUGUUGCUGCUUGUUGUCCACUUCGAAUCGCGGCAGCAAAGAUCAAAUGAAAACUAAGAAACGCGUAGCAACACAUUGAAAGCGAACAUUUCCUCAGCGUGAACAACGUGAUUGUACCAGUUGACGUGGAACACGCAGCAACAACAGGCAACGGAACGGGAGGUUCCUCGUUGUGUUGCUUCGGCGGAGACGCGGCUUUUGGCUUUGGACCUAAGCGCAUAAACCUUGCCUUUGUUCUGUUUGUAAUUUUUAACGAACGAUUCCACGAUCUUUGCGUAACGCUGUACGUAGAAUCGCUUCGGAUAUCCCUCGCUUUCCUCGUUGAAUUUCACGGCGAUGAUUCGGAUAAUCGGCUGAUCCGAUCAGUGCGAAACCUUUCAUUUGUAAUCGCUUGUAACGCUUCUAGAAGACGAUGGCGAAUAAGAAUUCAACCGUGUAGUUUAAGUUUCUAAAGCCAGUAUUAAUGGAUCGUUGGUAAAUUUCCGCAUCGCUACAAAGACGAAGAAUCGAGCGGUUUAAAUGUUCAAGCUCACUGACAAUCUACCGGACGAAUAUCUGAAUCAGUUUGUUUUCGUGUUCGAUUGCACGCCGAGACAAGAAUAUGGGAAACUGGGAUAUGUUUGCAGAAAGAUGGCAAAAUUGUCGAGAAGCCAGAUACAAUGUCGAAACGAAUUACUCUUCUGUUCGAGUCGAACGAUUUUAACACUAGAAUACCCAGAGUGGCGAAAAUGACCAAUUUACGAUCCUUUAGAAAUAAUUCUGUAAAUUGGCGAAGCAGUAGUUUCGGAAUUUCGAGUGAUUCUUUGUAAAGUAUAUGGACAAAGUGGCCUUUUGCCUCCAAUUAUGUACAAUUUUCUAUAUCUGUUACUUUCGCUCCUUUGGUACAGGUCUCAUAUUUGAUCGUGGGUUGUUCUAGUGUUAAAGAAUUCCAAGUACGAUGGACGCGAUACUGUCGAAUGUACUCAACGUUUCCCCAUCAGAACUUUAGAUACGACAAUCAAUGGACCCCUAGGAAUCAUUCGCAACGAAUUGAUCCGUACUUCGUUGCGGCCACUAGACUGGCCAUGUGCUUUCGAAAAAGAGCGGCGGGAAAGUUGCGCGAGAUUAGGGAAAAGAAGAGAUUUCGAGAAAUCGAAGGGAAUCCAUGCUUAUACAUUCGCAAAGAAACAUCGACUGCUAUUCGACUGUAUGUAAACUUAUAAAUGUCAUUCCACUGUUGCUGCAGCAAAUUCUGUCGAAGAUGAGAACUCGAUUUUACACGGUGCAUUCGUGAUUUACUUAGAAUAGUUGACCGUCUCACGACGAUAGAGGAAUAUUGUUCCCCGUUUGUUUCAGCAUCGGUACAAUAAACGUUCUUACGUGUGUAAGAAUAAUAACCGAGUCGUUGCGCCGAUAUGACUCGCGCGUCAUCGUCCAACAUGCGUCUACGAAAAAGGAUGACGCGAACGAAAUUAGAUUAAAAGGCAGUUUUCUCUGAUGAGAAAAGGAAGAACGAACAUCAGCAAAGGUAUAGACAAAGAUAGUGGAACGAUGGAGGAAGAACGUUUCAAACUCUUUUGUUUGUCACAUUUUAGAUAAAUUAACGAAUUUCACCAUCUUCGUAAGAUCUAGCGCUAUCUCUGCCCACGAUAAUACACACAUACACACACAUACACACAUACAUACAAAUAACGCUUAGGUGAAAUUAAUCGAGAAAAAGAGACUCCUAGGAUUCGUUGAAAAAUCCCUUCGAUGGUGCUUCGUGGAUUAGUGCUUUGAUGAAAAAUUAAAUCGAGGACACAUGGUUGGACGACUACUUCGAGUAGGAAAUUAUCGUGGGCUCUAAUUACACGUAUAGUCUUUAAGAUUCUAGACUUAAGAUAACGCAUACGAGUCGCUCACGAUUCGCCUGUCUGCUCGGUGGCCGCGAUCAGCUGCAAGCUGCUAAGAAAUUAGCUCGACCGAUCGCCUAAGUUUUAGCUUCGUUUGUAUCGCCAAACCAGCAGCACGUUCUCUCGAUUCGCCGAAACUUACGGUCGCAACCAUCGUUCGACUCGAUGCGGCUUUUGAUCGCAAUUGGAACCGCGACCGAGCAGGCACCAGCAGAUUUUAAAUAAGACUCUAGUCCUGUAAAUACGUAGCUAGACGAAACGUGAAACGAGAAAACGAUCGGCGGAACUGUUGGCCUGAGAACAGAAUCUUGAGACACGAAGUGUAAAAUGUUUGUGGUUUGCAUGGAGAUUAAGCCGUCACUUUGUAUCUUGAAUUUUGCAAAACAAGCUAUUCCAUUCUGACGACUGAUCGCAACCGUUUCGUCGAAUGACGAGGCUCGUAAGCGAGGAAGGCAAUUUCGAAGACCGAAAUUUCGCUCGAUCAACCGAACAAAAUAUAAAUAUAACAUGGAAGAAUCAUAAUUUGAGAAUGCUUGCAACUGCAGAGCAGCGCGUAGUAUUUAAAAUCCAAAAUCGACUUUUUGUAGUAAAAUCUGUAAUUUUAUAUUUUCCAAUAUAAUUUCAUUAUUUUUGUCGGGCCCCACUUUGUGCGAGCAUGUACAUCAUCUACUGAUUCUUCUAAUUCAACUACGUUCGUUACUACGUGCAAGAGAAUUAAGAUUUUCGACUACAACUGCGGGCGAUUUUCCAAAUUUUUCCAAACUUUUUGUCUAUGCUGUGUUUUAGUCCAUAUCUUCUCUAGUUUAUCGUAUGGAAAUUUUCAAUAGUAUACAAAAACAAUGUCUUUUCCUUUGUUUUCUUCCAUUCUGAGUAUCAAAGAUCCCGCUACGAGAUCUAAAUGCCCCGAACGAGAGUUUAUCUCUUGUACCAUAAAUGUUAUUCCAUAAAAACGCGUCUCCUGCGAGAAAUCUAAUUCUUAAAGACAGUCCAUGAACUAUAACGACUGCGUACGUUCAAAUACGAAAUGCGAUUGAACCCAGCAGAAGUAUCGCUCGGAUGUUGCGCAAACUCGAAGCAACACGAUGAUCGCGCAAAUGAGCGAUUUCCACGUCGCCCGCGGUUGGACGGUCGAACACGCUCGUAAACAGAUUCUUUUUCCAUCAAAAAUAUCUCCAUGCUGUCGUACAUAUAUCGUUGCUCAAGAACAGGAGAAGAGAAAAGAAAAGAAAGAAAAAAAAACAAUCUGAUACAUUCGAGUGAAUCAAAGAUCGAAGAGAAGAUCAAAGUUGCUUUACCAACUGCAUUUAAUCCCGCGCGAUCGUGCAGAAUCCGGCCGCUAGCCACAAACAUAUUACGGAAGAGGAAGAACACUGGUCUCUGAUAUAUCCGACAAUAUAUUUACACUAAUCGUAACGGUCUAGUACACGUUCUCGUAUGUAGCUCGCUGUAUGGCGAUUGUUCAUGCACCCGUAGGGAAGACUGGCGAGAGGAAGAGACGAUCGUGCGCAAAGUGGCGCAGAGCGGAGACGAUUCGGCGCGAAGGAGCCGCGUACCAAACGGAUGAUAUCGGUGAUCGACCUAAAAUUGGUCUGCGAGCGGAUAGGAAGCGACGAACGAGAGAAAGAAGGAAAGAGGUCGAGGUUCAUCGUGUUACAUUCAGCGAGGCAAGCGCGCUUGUUCGUGCGAAAUAGCGUGUGCCAAAAGAUGCGUCGAGUUCUUGUUUAGCGAUACGCGAAGCUCGCGAGACGUUCUCGGUCUCCGGUGCGCUUUCGAUCAUCCAACGACAGGAAUUGCGACCGAGAUGACGAUGAUCACUGAUUCGAAAGAACGGAAGAGAACACCUUGUUGCUAAUUAUUUAAGAAUUAUUCCUCGUCACACAUACACACACACAUACACACAUGUAUAGACGCGUGGCGUGUUGGAAGCGCGCGACACGGCCAUCCUCGUUAUCAUCGAAUCGAAGAAGCUUCGCUGAUGAAACGUAUGCUCAAUACGCGAGUCGAAUCGAUGCAUUCCUUUCUUCCGGGGUCGAGACGAAGCAUACGACGCGCGCUCGUGAAACGGAAGAUCACGACGCGCCUUCACGCGUCUACCUAACGUAACUUAGGCGAACGGAUUUCGUUCUUUGCGGAUUCGAAAGAACUAAACGACGAGACGAGACGUUCUCAUUGCCCCCACCCUUUUUUUGUUUCUGUUUCUAGAGAGAGAGAGAGAGAGAGAGCGAGAGAGCGAGCGCAAGAGAGAGAGAGAGAAAAGAAAAAGAAAUAUUGUGAUAGAAAAAAAAAGCGUAGCAACUUAAGGCGUUAUUAAUUAUGAUUUUAAGCGAUUAAUUAAACUACCAUUUAAGACGCGAAGAGAGUGAAGCAACACAGGAAACAUCGGCCAAAAACAUCGGCGAUCCACGUGAGGAUCGCGAUCGAUCAGCUGGACGCUCUUAGAUGUCUGUGGCAGCGAUCACCCAAUCUGAACUUGUUAAUGAUCCUAUAUCAGUCGCAUGCACGCGAUAUUCGCGCGACGCUAAUUAUUAACUGCGAUCUCUGUUCAAAUAUCGGUUUUAUAGCUGUCGAUGAAAGAGGCUGAUUAAACGAUACGAUGGAAUUACAUAUACAAUGUACGUAUUCAUAUAUACGGUAGAUGUACGAUUAUAAUUCACAUGUAACGCCGGUGGAAACUGUCCCCUUUAACCCCACCCUAAGCCCGGUUUUCCGCAUGCGUCAUUCCGAUUUUCUUCGUGCAAGCUGUUUCUUCUAUUCUUUUUCUUUCGAAAUUCAACGCGACCGCGAUGUUGCUUCAAUUCCGAUCGUCCGAUGUUUCAAGCGACUGGUGGACAAAGCGAUUUCAAAAGAUCUGUCCGUCGUUCGGCGCCAGCUUCCCAAGCUCUGUGAAACAGCGAGAUGAGAUCUCCUAACUUCGAGAUCCAGAGCGCUCGUAGAAAACACCAUAGGUGGCAGAAGAGCUGAAGAAUUUUAAUUUCUUAUUCGAACAUGUUCUACGUUCCAAUGAAGACACUGCAGUAUGACAAUUUCACGCUCCAAAUGGUCAUCGACAGUGCUGGAAUGGCAAUGCCGAUGGACGUCGGUUAAUUGUCUUUCAGCUCCUGUCUGUGGCAUUCGGCUUUCUUCGCACCUAAGAGGAUUCUUUGCAGAUACAUUUUCCUUUUUCAUAAAUUUGCAUUACGUCAAUGCAUAGGUUGUCUUUGAUUUCCACAAUACUCGUUCCAGCCUCGCUCAUGGUAUUUUUACAGGCGCUCUUCGAUCAAUUGAAAGUGAAAUCGCGUGACGUUUGUUACGGUGGGAGGUUCUCAAACAUUGCGAAGAACAUUUUACAAUUUCAACGCUGUUACGCCUUUUCAGAGUGGUCUUUUCGCUCCACUCGAUCAUCCUAUAGUUAACGUAUCUCCUAGCUUUAAGGAACAUAUUAGAAAAUUAUCGUUGACGCGUGUAAUUUCCCGUUUCAGUGCUACGUGAAAGGUUUUCGUAAAACGUAAAAAAGUUCGCUCAGAAACUUUUCACUUUUUUAUUCGUCAACGUACAUCUUCGAGGUCAUCGAUGAAUUUUAAUUAGGAUAAAAAGUAACUCGAGAUACGAGCGGUAGCCUAAUGAGACGAGUAAGGUUUCACGAGAAUUAUAAUUGCAGAAUAUAUUUAUAUGGACAGAUGAAUAAACUGUUCGUUAAUAGUGUGGCAAAAUGAAACUUCAACUUAUUAAAAAUGUUCAAAGUGUCCCAUUGUAAGUAAUUACAUUUUUCGACGAUAUUCUAUUCUGUACUUGUUAGGAAAUAUCCUGAAGUUCUAGGAAUCUCGAUCGUCGUUGUAAUUUCAAGAUAUUCGAGGUGAACGAGUUCGAGCAAAGAGAUCGUGGUAUUCGUAAAAGUAAUUUCUUAAUAGCCUUUUCUCGUAAUUUAUCGCGGGAGCAUUGACCAAUAAUCAGUUCAGAGAAAUUACGUCUCUAAUGACUUCAAUUAUGGCCAUUUGUCAGACACAUGCAAUCUUUCGCAUUCGCCACUUAAACAAGAAUAUCAAAGGAACGUUCGACCUGAGAAUGCCGGGAAAUUUAUUUGAUCUCGAAUUCGCUAGAGAUCAUUUCCAAUUACAAUCUUCGUUCUCCCGCGAUGUUAACGGACGAACGUUGUUAACAACGCUGUGAAAAUUUUACACGCGAAUCGGUGUCGAUAGAUAAUUGGCUGGAGUAACAUUUCGUUUAAACAAACUGUUACACUACAAAAACGAGCGAUUGUCUCAAAUGAUUGCAAAGAUAAUUUAUCUUAAUAGUUCCCUAAGAAGUAUACAGAUAUCAUACAAUUUUUUACACAUUCUAUUCCAAUAAGCGGGUAAGAAUAAAAAAGAUCAUUGAAUAUUUUAAAACACCUAGACUAAGAACAUCCAAGUACCAAAAAAAAAAAAAAAAAAAGCAAACACAGUCAAAAAAUGACCGCAUCCAAGGACCUAUCGUUGUAUCAGUCUGCCCAUUCGUGGCACACGAUACUAAGCAGAAAUUUCGAAAUGACGAACGACGCGUUGUCAUCGUCCCAAAAAAAAAGAAAAAGAAAUAGUCGAAGAUAAAUAUUAAACGGGUAACAAAACACAAUGAAAAUAACUAACGCUAAAUUAUUAAAUUAAAGAAGGUGCUGCCGAAAAAUGCUUGCGUAUCGAGUAUAUAUGUAUAGUUUGCGAAUCGAUCUUUUGAAAUCUAUUUGUAUGGAAAUCAGUAGUGGCGAUUUUCGUGGCCAGAGUCGAUCGAUCGUUGUCGAGGAACCGAGGACUUCCGUUUGGAUCGAAGAUACGACGAAACGAUCCCCCGUUCUCCACAAAUCCACCCCCGUUUCUAGUGUACGUAAAUAAUGUUACAACGGCCGUACGUAGACUUUCUCUCGACGAUCACGUAAUCAAUAACCGAUAUAGAGAGCGCCAUAACGAUUUUUUAUAUCGACAGCGGUUACUACUGUUUUCCACGGUUCUUUUUUAUACCAAGUAGAUGGAAGUAGCGGUGUAAUACGAUACGGCCUACUUUUCCACGAGCGUACAGUUGCUAACGUGAACUGAGCAUCGCGAAGAAGGGAUACCUUUCCGAUUGUGAAUUCGGUCGUAAACGGAGGCAUCUCCAACCGGAGGCACCUCUAUUUCCUCUUCCUUUUAUCGAUCGUCAACCCUCGACUACAGACCAUCCACCUGCCAUCCGAAUCUGAAUUUUCACUUUCGUUAUCGCGAUCCGCAGUGCAGACUUUUAGAAUCUCCUUUGAUGAUGGCUACGUUUCAUCCUAUAAAUAUUGACAAAUUUACAUGUAAAGCAAUGACACGUGUAUUAGAUUCGUUUUUAUAUUUCAAUUUGAUAAUUAAAUAGGUAACAUUGCCGAAUAAUCUACAUUUUGUGCUUGAGGCUUUUUUGAGAAAAACGCGGACGAGGUUUGUAGUCGAUGGUUGAUUGAUCGAUCCAGCGAACGUUUUGUAAAUCCAAGACGCAUGAUCUUACGUUAUAAUUGUCCCUAAAUGUAUGGAUCAGUUAUGAAAGUCCACCUAGCCUAGUUUGUACGUCUGUUGCAAUUAUUAUUAUUAUUAUUAUUAUUAUAUGAUUAUCGUUAACGUUAAUAAUCAGUGUCGUUCUACUGCUAUUAUUCUUAUCAUUACGUUUAAUUACUUCUAUUGCUACGAUUAUUGUUACUCGUCGUUAUUACCACUGUCAUCGCCACGAUCGAAUUAAAAGGAAAAAAAUAAAUAAAUAAAUAAAUAAAUAAAGGUAAAAAAUAGUAUGCCCUAUACUCGGUAUCUGUGUCGAAAAGACCUAUGCAUAUAUUAAUGGUUAUCGCUAUAUAUGACUAAAAGCUCCAGUACAGUAAGGAACAUAAACAGUACACUCCUCCCUCGCCCCCACACUGAUAAUAAAGAAGAUUGACGUCGUUCGAUGAAUCCAUAGUAAAACGAGUGAAAUAAACGUCCACGGCAAUUUGUUCGUUCGAAUAUCGUGAAAAACAUUUGAACAAAGAAAAAAAGAAGAGAAAAGGGAAAAGAGAAAGAAGAGAACAUCCGACGAAUUCUUUACACCCUGGCUCGACGACGAAUCGUCGUUUAUCGAGUCUUUCGUGUAAUACUAUGGACGACGUCGUUCUCACAGAAAUUUUGUACGUAUAUUAUAGCCUCCACUUUCGUUUCCAACGAGAAAUAAAGAAGAAAUAAAUGAAUAAAACGAGACACCGAUGCGAGUAUGUACUUGAGAAAAUUUGAGAAAAAGAGCGAGAGAGCGAGAGUGUGAGAAAACGAGCGAGCGAAGGAAACAGACACGAUAAUCGAUCCUUGCGAGACUCAUUAAAGCACAGAGAACGUGUAUACUGCACGUUCGGAUGUGCGAUGGCGAGGAAGAUCGAUGAAAAGCAUUGUAUUCAUCCCCAACACACAACUAUUUAUUUGUACAUUAUUUUACCGAAUAAACGUGCAUCUUUUGCAUCCUUAAA